AAGACCUUCAAUCCCACCCGAUCAACCGACCUUGAACCCCCCCACCGCGAAUAUCCCGACGCCUACGAUUCAAAAUGGCCUCUCUCAUCGCCCGCCGCGCAUUCACCACUUCCCUGCGUCGCAUGACCGACCAGGGCAAGCAGCAGAUCACCCAGGACUCCAAGCGCAACCCCGAGACCUUUAUCCUCGGUGGUGUCAUGGUCUUCGCCCUCGCCGGCGCCGGCUUCUACUUUGGCAGCUCGCCCACCAAGUCGACCUCCGAGACGCACGUCGUCAAGGCCGGCUCUCCCUGGGAGACCGGCUCCAAGGAGGGUGCCUACCGCUACCACCCCGGCGGUGACACCAGCAACGAGCCCAGGGACGCCCCCAGCGCCGUCAACACUGUCGUCGUGCCCAACGUCACCCUGCCCGCGGAGCUCCACGAGAAGUACAACAAGUGGGGCAAGGACGGCUACCCUUAAGCGUGUCCUGCUUCUGUACCAAAAUGAGUGCGUCGCGCGGAGCAGAGACGGUGGCCCGGGGAUCGCAGACGUCGAGAGUACGCUUCCGUUUGUAGAUAGAGAUGGAAUGGGAAACAUCAGCUGUUUGAACCCUUG